UUAUUGUAAAAAUUUUAGGUUUCUACAGUCAUUUGGUCGCUGUAUAGCCCUUGUGGCUUAGCGCUUCUUUUUGAUUAUAAUAAUAAUACAGUCAUUUGGUUAAAUAUUUAGGUGUAUUAUGAGGAAUAUUCAUGGUUUACCUCUAGAUGACUGAAGAAGGACUUGCCUAAUUGACUGCAACUCGUGCAGUCAUCAAAAGAAACUUAUAAGUACGCUACACGUAAAAUAUAAAGAAAAAAUCUGUAAAUAGGAGUAUAUGAAGACUGACGCGAGUUUCCAGUAAUAAUAAUAUUAAGAAGAACAUUGCAGGGUUAUGGUAUUGUAAUGCUGAUGAAGAAAAUCAAGUAACUAACAUCCAAAAGAAAAUGAACUCAAAAAGAAAUUCAUUAAUACGAAGCAAAAAAGGAACUAAAAGAAAACAAAACAAUGUACAACAGAAAAAAAUGAAAAAGGUCUCCAAAAGAAAGGGAUUCACCAUUGACACAAGGAGCAGCAGUGUAGUGUCCAUGUCUGGAAAACAGUCACAGAAAAAUAUAUCAGUAACAAAUAAAAGACAUGCUUUAGGUUAUGACAGCCUAGAAGAAAGAGAAAGAAGUUUGGCCACUGAUUUAUUUGGAGAGGAUGCAGAAUUACCAGGGAGUCUUUCACAAGAAGUAUCCAGUCAAGAUGUUUCUGCAGCCACUGGCACUAAGAGAAAAACUUUAGAAAUGAUUCCUGAUGAUCCCUUUGAUAUUCAUGAACCAGUAAUGAAAAAUAGGAAAAAGCCAGCUUGGGUGGAUGAUGAGGAAAGGAUUAGAAGUUUGGCCACUGAUUUAUUUGGAGAGGAUGCAGCAUUACCAGGGAGUCUUUCACAAGAAGUAUCCAGUCAAGAUGUUUGUGCAGCCACUGGCACUAAGAGAGAUACUUCAGAAAUGAUUCCUGAUGAUCCCUUUGAUGUUCAUGAACCAGUAAAGAAAAAUAGGAAGCCAGCUUGGGUGGAUGAUGAUGAUGAAACAAUCAGAGUUAAGGAUGUUGUGGCCAGUAUGACAAAAGCUCGAGGCAAGAGAGGGAUCAGAGAGAAUUCAGAUGUGUUGUAUGAAAUGAAACUAAAAGAGAAGUUUAGUCAAGUUAUUGGCAGUACACCUGAGUGGGCUGAACUUGGCCAAAAGAAAAAAGGCGACUCUGAUGAUGAAGAUGAAAUGGCUCGUAGUACAGGUAAUUACUUAUCUGGAGCGUCUUCUGUCAACCUGCCGAAGAUCUGGCUCGAGUACAAGAAGCUACCUCACUUGAACAGCUCAUCUCGCUCUGAAGGUGCCAUAAUUAAGGCUGUGGAAUUUAACCCACACUUUCAGGUGGGGUUGGUUGCUGGCUUUUCAGGCAGUGUCAUUGGGGCUGCCACACUCUUUCAGGUUGAUGGUGUACAUAACUUCAAAAUUCAAUCAGUUAAGUUUCCAAAAUUCCCAAUAAAAUGUGCAAAAUUUAUGCAAGACGGGAAACAAUUUAUUGUUGGAUCCAACCUUCACAACCAUUUCUAUGUUUACGACAUGGAAGCAGCCAAAGAAAUGAAAAUACAUUGCAGCAAAAUGGAGGAAAAACGAAGUCUGAAGAGCUUCGUUGUGUCACCUGAUGGAAAGCUACUUGUAUUCCUAGGAACAAAGGGGCACCUUCACAUUUAUGAUACUACUACCCUAUCCCAUAUUAACACACUUUAUUCUCCAGAGGAUCUUACAUCAGCAGCAUUCAGUGAAAAUGGAUCUAAGAUGUAUACUAAUGGAAGUGGUGGUGAUGUUUUUAUUUGGGACAUGAAUUCACUUGCUUGCGUUCAUAGAUUCAUUGAUGAUGGUUGUAUAGAUGGAACGAGUAUUGCUGUAUCACCAGGCAACCAGUAUCUUGCGUGUGGAUCAUCAUCUGGGGUUGUCAAUGUAUAUGACAUGGCCAGUGUUUCGAAUAAAACGCCAUGUCCAGUUAAGAUUUUGGAUAAAUUGGUAACACCUGUUUCUGCCCUGACAUUUAAUUCUUCUACUGAAAUUUUGGCAAUGGCUUCAGAAUACUUGGAUAAUGCUGUAAAACUGGUACACUUCCCAUCAAUGACUUACUUCAACAACUUCCCAGGAAGACAAUAUUCUAUGAGGAGAGUGCAAAUUCUUAAUUUCUCUCCUAAGAGUGGCUUCUUAGCUGCAGGGAACAAUAUUGGAGGAGCUUUCUUGUACAGGCUGAAACAUUUCUCCAGUUAUUAGGAAACUUCUUUUAACUAAUAACUUUACAGUUAUUUUCAUUUUACAUCAUUAAUUGCAGUUAAAGAAUUUUCUCAAUAUGUCUGAGACUUAUAGUAAAACUUUGUUAUGCUGUGUUAUGGGGAAAUAAUAAAAAAAAAAAAUUCAA